AUGGAUAGGGAGACAUUCCGCGAUCUGCUGAUGAAUAUAAUUCGUGAAAUCGAUCUCGACAUCGCUCGUUUCAAAAAUCGCAAAGAUACCUUUCAACAAAUCUACGUACAAUAUUUUGGAACAGGACCCGAUGGUUCCAUUUUGGAUGAUGGCGAAGGUCAUAGUCGUGCUCUGACUCGAAAACUCGGAUCGAAGUUCAUUCGUCGAAUUACGAAUCGAAUCACGAAAUCAAGUGAGCUGUUCAGUCAUAUGGAUCGACUUACUGAGGCCAGGAAACGACGGCAGUCAUAUCCAACGCGAGAUCAGCGGAAUGCAUCGAAACGUGGUCGAUACGAGGACGAUGUGGACUGGGCAACUGAUACAGCUGCCGAUAAAGCCGGUGGUUCUUCAUCGUAUAUUGGACGGGCCGGCAAGAUUCUGAGUUACCCCUACAUUUCACAAGAAGAAGAACAGCAGAUUCUGUUGGCGUCGAACGACUCCGCCUCGGCUUAUGCACAGAAUCUCGCCAAGGUUUUGUUCGCUGAGACCCUUGACCUGUAUUUCAAGGAUCAAGAUCCGGCUAAACGAUUAUGGAUUCAUGAAGCCGUCGACUACCGUUUUCCGUCCAGCGAUCGCAAUGCUCACCACCUAAAAUGGAAGAAUUGCUCGACUGCCAUCAAUAAGAAUAUGCGAAUAUCCGAACGUGGACCAGCGAAUAAACCGAAGCAGAAAGAAGUCGAAUGCACCUAUCUAACACGAGAAUAUGAGGAGGAAUGUUUCCGAAAAGCCAACAAGGAUCCGGUGAAAUAUGCAGAGUUCAUGUCAUUGAAACUGUUUGAAGGCUCAUGGGACAAGUUUUUCAAAGAGCAGGUGAGUUCUGAUCCUCUUUUUGCUUCGCACUCUUCACUGUAA